AUGGUUACCAUUCGUGCAGAUGAAAUUAGUAAAAUUAUCCGUGAACAUAUUGAGCAAUAUAAUACCGAAGUAAAAAUUGUAAAUACAGGUACCGUACUUCAAGUAGGCGAUGGCAUUGCUCGUAUUUAUGGUCUUGAUGAAGUAAUGGCGGGUGAAUUAGUAGAAUUUGAAGAAACUAAACUUAUUGACGGUCGAGGAGAAAUUUCAGCUUCGGAAUCUCGGUUAAUUGAAUCUCCCGCUCCCGGGCAUGGCCAGCGAGAAUUGAUUAUUGGGGACAGACAAGCUGUGGAUGAAACAGCAAAUUCCCCAGCUACAUUACAAUACCUCGCGCCUUAUACAGGAGCAGCUCUGGCUGAAUAUUUUAUGUACCGUGAACGCCACACUUUAAUCAUUUAUGAUGAUUCCUCCAAACAAGCACAAGCUUAUCGCCAAAUGUCUCUUCUAUUACGAAGGCCACCAGGUCGCAAAGCUUAUCCCAGAGAUGUUUUUUAUUUACAUUCGCGUCUUUUGGAAAGAGCCGCUAAAUUAAGUUCUCAGUUAGGUGUUUCAGCUUAUAUUCCUACUAAUGUAAUUUCUAUUACAGACGGCCAAAUAUUCUUAUCUGCCGAUUUAUUCAAUGCUGGGAUCAGACCCGCAAUUAAUGUGGGUAUUUCCGUUUCCAGAGUUGGAUCGGUGGCUCAAAUAAAAGCCAUGAAACAAGUAGCUGCCAUUUUGAAGGAAGCUAUUCAGGAACAGAUGGAACUCUUUUUACUUCAGGAACAAGUAAAAAAAAUUGAUUAA